AUGGAAGCUGUUUUGCAGGGCAAAGGGCUUCUUUCUUUUCCCCCAAAUCCCAAAACCCGCAGUCUAUUGCCUUCUCAUGGUCUUAAACAAAGGAUUUUAUCCACAAAUUCUCGAAAUCUUUCUGGGUUUUCUCUUUCCUCAAAUGGGUUUCAAAGAUUUCAGGGAUUUGAAUCGAAAACCCCUUCGUUUUCUCUCAAACAACGAGUUUCUCUAAUCUGCAGGGCUGAAGCCGCGGCGGCGGCGGCGGAUUCCGAUGGUUUGUCUACGUUUGGUGAAACUGAGAACCCCAAAUUUUUGGGGAUGGAAGUUGAAACCCUCAAAAAGAUUAUCCCUCUUGGGCUUAUGUUCUUUUGCAUCCUUUUUAAUUACACAAUUCUUAGGGAUACGAAGGAUGUUUUGGUUGUGACUGCUAAAGGUAGCAGUGCUGAGAUUAUUCCAUUCUUGAAGACUUGGGUUAAUUUGCCUAUGGCUGUUGGGUUCAUGUUGUUGUACACUAAGUUAGCCAAUGCGUUGCCUAGACAGGCUCUGUUCUACACUGUCAUCGUUCCAUUCAUUGCCUUUUUUGGGGCUUUUGGGUUUCUUUUGUAUCCUCUUAGCAAUUAUAUUCACCCUCAAGCUUUUGCUGAUAAGCUUCUCAACGCGCUUGGCCCGAGGUUCCUUGGCCCUCUUGCUAUUAUGAGGAUUUGGAGCUUUUGUUUGUUUUAUGUGAUGGCUGAGUUGUGGGGAAGUGUGGUGGUUUCUGUUUUGUUCUGGGGAUUUGCCAAUCAGAUUACCACUGUCGACGAAGCGAAAAAGUUCUAUCCCCUAUUCGGACUUGGUGCGAAUGUUGCCCUUAUUUUCUCGGGCAGAACCGUGAAGUAUUUCUCGAAUAUGAGGAAACACUUGGGUCCUGGAGUUGAUGGAUGGGCGAUAUCUCUGAAAGCAAUGAUGAGUAUCGUGGUCGGUAUGGGGCUUGCCAUUUGUUUCCUCUAUUGGUGGGUGAAUAAAUUCGCUUCUCUUCCGACUCGCAGCAAGAAGAAGAAGGAGAAGGUUAACAUGGGGACAAUGGAGAGCUUGAAAUUCUUGGCAUCUUCGAGAUACAUCCGGGAUCUUGCCACUCUGGUGGUUGCGUAUGGAAUCAGUAUCAACCUCGUCGAGGUUACAUGGAAAUCGAAGCUCAAAGCACAGUUUCCGAGCCCGAAUGAAUACUCUUCUUUCAUGGGUGAUUUCUCUACCGCUACGGGAAUAGUAACGUUCGUAAUGAUGUUGCUAAGUCAAUAUAUAUUCAACAAAUACGGAUGGGGAGUUGCAGCCAACAUUACACCCACAGUGCUUCUCAUUACUGGAGUUGCUUUCUUUUCGUUGAUUUUGUUCGGAGGUCCGAUCGCACCUAUGCUUACCCAGUUUGGAUUAACUCCGCUUCUUGCUGCUGUUUAUGUGGGUGCUAUGCAAAACAUCUUCAGCAAGAGUGCUAAAUACAGUUUGUUUGAUCCUUGCAAAGAAAUGGCUUACAUUCCUUUGGAUGAGGAUACCAAGGUUAAAGGGAAGGCCGCUAUCGACGUCGUCUGCAACCCAUUGGGGAAGUCUGGAGGCGCACUUAUUCAACAGUUCAUGAUCUUGACAUUCGGAUCUCUUGCAAACUCAACUCCAUACCUUGGAGGCAUCCUGUUGGUUAUCGUCCUGGCAUGGUUAGGAGCAGCUAGAUCGUUAGACAGCCAAUUCUCAGCACUGCGUCAGGAAGAAGAGCUUGAGAAGGAGUUGGAAAGAUCAGCCGUGAAGAUCCCGGUUGUGUCGCAGAACGACGGUGACAAUGGCUCCCUCUCAGGUCGCUCGCCUUUGAACCCCACAACAGGUGAUUCUGCAAGCAGUUCAUCUGAAACCUCAGCACCCACCAACGCUUAGAUUUGUUAUUUCAUUGCUAAUUCAAACAAACAGGGAGAAGUUGGUUUGUUUGGGUCAGAAUUUUGUGUUAGUUUCGUAGAAAUAAGUAAGCAAAGACAGUAUGAUCCAACUUUUUUUUUUCCAGAAUAUAUUUUUCUUUCUCAAUCUAA